UGUAUGGGACCAAAAUGCCCUUGUAUAUAUCCACCUCUACCACAUAAAACUCUAAAAUACAUUUCUUUUAGAGAAAGAUCUCCAAUCGAUAGAAACUUAAUUAGAAACAAGUUGACAAAUAUUUCGAAACCUUUAUUAACUAAAAUUAAAUACUAGUCCAGACCAUCAUAAUCAAUACAAUAUUAAAUAUUUGCUUUAUUUAACUUGUUAGGCGAAUAAAGUGAUUAGUGGUUUAGAAUAUAGAAAUUAUUAAAUAAUUAUGAAUAGACAGUAAUUUAGUUAACUUAAUUAAACGUUAAUGAAUUAAACAAAAAGUAAAUUGAUAGAUGCUAAUAUUGGCUUGACGAAUAUGAUAAAUUAAAUAAAGAUAAUUAGAUUACAGUUUUUGCAGAUGUUGCCAGAGGGAUUCUAAGUAAAAUUGUAGAAGUAGAGGAAGAGAAACAUUAAAUGUUAAUGAGAGAAUUAAAAGAUGCUUGUAUCAAGAAAUAUAAUGAUGAAAGCGAGGUUGAUGAAGUGGCCAUAUUAUAGGUAACUUAAGAAACAUAGCCUGAUCAACCGACAGUUUAAAAAUAAAAUGAUUAAAGUUUAGAAAUAGGAACAAGCGAAAAAGUAAAUUAAAAUGUAUUAGAAUCACCAAUGAGAUCAAAUAAAAAUAAUUUAUCAAUGAAUCAUCCUCAUAAUUCAUCACUAUGUAAUAUAAGAAGAUUUCUUGAAAAUUCAAGUCCAAAAUCCCCAUUAAAUUUAUCCUUUUGUAAAAGUUAAGAGAAAUCUUUUGGAGAUUUUAAUAAAAAUAGCACUUAAAAGAAAUAAAAAUGUUCAACUAUUAUAGGAGGAGGUGUAUAUAAUGAUAUUAUAUCAUUAAAAAAAGAAUUAGAAAUGAUUUAGAGAGAUAUAAGUAGAUUAGAAUUUAAAAAUAAGAAAGAUGAGUUUUUAUUGAAUAGAUAAAAUUUAAAGAAUCAUUUUUAAUAAAGUAAUGAAUAAAUUCGAUAAGAAUUAUUGAAUAUUCGUGCUUAAGUAUAUAUUUAUGUUAAUUAAGACUUAAAAUGAUGAAAGUUUUACAGAUAAUUAAAGAAAAGAGAAAUUGAAGAUAGAAAGAAAUCAUUCUGCUUUUAGAAAAGAAUUGAUAGGAUCAAAGAGCCCAAGAAAUGAAAAAUAUAUUAAGUAUGUGGAAAAGUAUUCAAAAAAAUACAUACCAAUAUUAGAUAGAAUAUCAUAGUAAGAAUAAGAACUUAGAUCAGUUCAAUCCCAAAUAAAAUUAGCUGAAAAGAAAAGGACUAUUGAAGAAAAUAGAUCUAAAAAAAUACUUUGA